UGUCUUGUGCUGCCACUGGUACAUCAUAAAUCCCUGCCAGCAGUCGUCCUGUUAAUUCAGCACCAACGCUCUGCAGUUAUUAGUGACACCUGAAAAUGCCAUCAUCUGUCUUUAGACACUGAAACCGUGUCCGUCCCUCCAGCAAGCGUUCUCACGUCACAGCUCAUGAGGGCUGAAUAUGACACCACAUAUAGAAGGUCUCAGUACUCAGGUGUGCUCAGUCCCCUCUUGUGUGUCCAGGCUGCAGCUUGUUGUGGAAACACAGAUGAUAACGAAAUCUACAGACACAAACCGACAAAUUUUAAUGGCUACCAACGGGAGACUCUUAAAACACAUCUGGAUCUGCACGCUGGGACCAUUGACCAUCUUCCUCAUCUACCUGGAGUGUGCCUGGGACUUGGUGAGCAGCGAUGUUCCAGCACCAGUCUCGUCAUCAUCAGCAAGGUCACCGUGGAGGGACCCCGGGCCAUAUCACGUGGCAUAUCCACGAAACUACAAAUUCAUCAUGGAUGACACGCCAACGUGUAAGACGACGACUCCUUUCCUGGUCCUGAUGGUUCCGGUCGCACCCAGUAACGUGGCGGCUCGGGACACCAUCCGGAAGACGUGGGGGAAUGAGAAAGUGGUCCUGGGUCAGCUGAUCGAGACUAUCUUCGUACUGGGUCUACCCGGCGGAGCGGAUGCUGAGCAGCAGCAGGAGAAACUCAAACAGGAGAACCUGCAGCACCGUGACCUGAUCCAGAGCAACUUCAAGGACAGCUACCACAAUCUGACCAUCAAGACUCUGGUGAUGCUGGAGUGGCUGGAUGCUCACUGCCACAAGACUUCCUACGUGCUGAAGAUCGACUCCGAUAUGUUUCUGCAUGUCCAGAAUUUGGUGAAACUGUUGCUGGAUCCCGGCACGGCCAAACAAAACUACAUGUCAGGUUUGGUGUGGUGGCACAGCCCGGUUCUAAGAAACCCAUUCAACAAGUUCUACAUGCCGAGGAACGUGGUUGCUGAGUUGGAGUACCCUCCAUAUCCUCUGGGCAUGGCCUACGUCAUGUCCCUGGACCUGCCCGCCAAGAUCCUGGCGGUCUCCCCUCAGAUCAGACCCAUCUUCAUUGAAGAUGCCUACCUGGGCAUGUGCCUCAAACUCCUGGGCGUUUCCCCCAGCGACCCUCCUGAAGACUCCAUGUUUGUUGUGGCUCCGACACAUCCUCUGAGCAACUGCAGCCUCUCACACGUCAUCGCUGUGACCACGACGAGCGUCCUGCAGAUGAGCAGUUACUGGCUGAGAAGCAGGACGCCAGAAGCUGAAUGUUGAACUCUGACGUCUGAAUGAGGAAAUGUGACACAUUAUUACAUCACACAUGGCGUCAAUGCAAUAAAUCAUCUCUGAAUAAAAACACAAACUUCA